AUGCUUCCGUUCGAUGACCAACGCGUGUUGUGUUUAGAAAUUCCUUUACAAGGAAAAGAAAACGUCCACAUUAAUUUCGCUGAGGAAGUUGAGAAAAUCUAUGGGCCUUCCAUUAAUAGUAAUCGAAGAAAGAGAAGAUACGCAGAUGAGUACUAUGAUCGACAUGACCCAUUCAUUGAUGACACAGAGUUAUACAUUGAAGAAAUGGCCGCUGCCAGUAAAGACGGUUUUUUUGUUUUCAGUGGACCAUUGGUGGCCGAGGGCGACAAGGUGAAAGUUGAGCGAUCUAGGAAAACAAAAAGGAAAAAGAAGUUAUCCAGCACUCCUUCCAAUGCCGCUAAUCCAACUCCUGCUACUCCUCAGCCUUCUAUGAAUGAUCAGCCAGUUACAAAUGGAAAACCUGCAGAUAAAACAGAAGAAGAUUCUAAUGAUGAUGAACAGCCUCUGCAGACCAUAUCCAUGCAUGAGCGAGCUUCUAGACAAUCCUUCAUCUCAGGAUCUAAGAAAGACGCUUCAUCAAACAAAAGCGUCACGAACAAAGAGACCAAAAAAGAGACCCAAAAGUCAUUGAAAGAGCAAAAACCUCUAACAAAAGAACCGAAAUCAAAAUCAAAGGAAAAGGUGUCUAGAAGAACGUCUACGGGUUCGAAAUCGACGAAGAAAUCAGAAAAAGAGGAAGCGAAAGGGUCCCCUUCUAACAAUACCCCAGCUAUCUCCCCGAAUUCCCAUGCGCAUCAAGCACCCACAGUUACCAUGACUGACACCGAAGCAAUUUCAGAUACUAACCAAAACGAUAAUUCUGUUGAAAACCCCCCAGCAACAGAACAAGCUGUCGCAGAAACUCCGUCCACUAUCUAA